GAAACGGCAGAAGAAAAGGUACAACACAUGUAGUGCUGUGUGUUCUCCCUUACUUCACAGAAGUUUAAGUUAUCAUAGUUUCCGUAGGAAAUGAAAUCCUUAAUAUUUAAGCAAACGGAUCCAAUAUACUGAGACCCAAGACUGUCAGCAAAGAAAACUUAAAAAAUAAAAUUUCUGGAGGCGUUUUGUCUGCUGCCAAGCGUUGGACGAUGACACGACUACUCAUAAAGCGUUACCAAGGUUCUUACGUCGUAAAGCCACUGAAUGGCGACUUCGAGGCUUUAAAUAAAUCAGAUAACUCAUCCUGCAAAAAAGAAUCAGCAACUAACAUUGUCACUGUGUUACGAAACAGUUCUCUUAAGGGAGAUUUGAACAAUACUUUAAAGACCAAAAAUGAGAAAAAUAAAGCAAACGUCUCAGAAACCACAGAAAGGAUUAAAACAGUCCAUGAAGCGGUACUAGGUAACUAUAAACAAACACCUAAAAGUGGAAGAACCAUUGCACAAAAAGGAGAUUGUGCCUUGCAUGAAAUGGAAUCAACACAGCUAAUACAAACUGAAAGUAGUCCUGCUGUAAAGGAAGAUGCAAGAUUAGUACCAUAUAAUGAUUCCCCAUGUAUCCUACCACUACCACUACCACAGAUCUCAAUGAAAAUCAUAAAGGAUGUGGAAACAAAGUUGGUUUAUUCCAAUGAACAGUACAUCUCACAUGAAUUUGCUGAAUCCAAAGCAAGUACUAGUGCACAGUCAAUGCACCAGAAUCUACAGAAGUUACAUUUCACAAGUAAUUUUAAUUCUGGAACGCUGCAGCGUCUUGAUAUGUGGCUUGAAAUGGCUUUAAGUAAGGCCACUUCCUUCUAUACACAGAAAAAGUAUUCACUAGCAGUAGAACAGCUUAAAUCUGCUAUUCAGCUUUGCAGCAAAGGUGCAGUUUCAGGAAAACCAUUUGAUGCCACCCAUGAAGACAUUUGUAAUGUUGCCAGUUUUGCUGAAUCAAAACUUGCAGAAUGUUAUCUUAGAAUGAAGAAACCUUACUUCGCUCUUAACCACUCACACAGGAGCAUCAUACUUAAUCCUCUCUGUUUUCGGAACCAUCUUCGACAAGCUGCAGUAUUCAGAUGCCUUGGUCGUUACAGCGAAGCUGCAAGGAGCACUAUGGUUGCAGACUACAUGUACUUACUCUCAGGAGGGAUGGAUCAGCAGAUGGCCAAGAACAUUAAACUCUACUGGCAGGCUAUGCUAGAGGAAGCAAUUACCCGAUCUGAUGCAUUUUCUGUUAUGUAUACACCAUCUUUAAAAAAGCUUUCCAAAGAAGACAGAGAUCAAAUAACAUAUGAAUUUAAGCAAAGGCACCCUGAUUAUGUGGCCUUCAUAUAUACAGAUCCAGAAGUGGCUCAUAUUCUGCCACAGAAAAUUGAAUGGUCUUCUCAGGUUUGUCAUCACUGUAUCCUAACUAUUGGAUUCAGGAAUAAAGAAGAUGGUAACUUCCUUGAAAUACUGGAUAACAAAACGUCACUAACAUUUGGAGAAGAAAAGCAUCCAUUUCAUCAGCCUACACUAAUUGAAGCUGAAGCAAAUGUGAAAACGUGUAGACAGAAAAUGUGGCCAGUACUUCAUCUUAUUGCUUCAACUAAACUGUUUGUGGGUCCCUCAGUCUGUUCGGGUACAAUUCUGAAGUUGCAAUAUGCAAGUUUUCUCAGCCAAUUAAAGCAUGUUCAGGAACUCUCUGAAGUCAUUAAUCAAGCAAUGGCUGAAAUAGCAACCAUUCCAUAUCUACUGGAUAUCAGUCAAAAGGAUGCUGAUCUACUGCAAGCUCUAAUGGCUGAUGCUAUGGAUGCACUGAAAGGCAAUAGGAUUGAUAAAGACCAUACAUGGAAUAAAAUUCAUAAGAUCACUGUCAUUGAAGACUUCAUAUAUAAUUUAGAAGCAAACUUUUUAAAGGCAAAAGUAGCUAGGAAAUCACGAAGGAAGAUCAGAGAAACUGGACAGUGACUGAAGCAGUGGCAGACGCACAAAUAAUCUAGCAGCUGAAACAAGAAAAAGCCCAAAUGAGGCUGUUCUGUAACUUUUUGUAAAGGAGCUGUUAAACUUAAUUGGACUCAUCUAGGGAAAUACGGACUGAAAAAGAUCAAUAUAUGAUUAUAUUGUUAUUAAUUUGUUGCCUUGUUAUUAUUAAGCGGUUGCAUCUGACAAGUUAUUAUCAGAAAAAUAUUAGAUAUAGUCCAUAAGGUAAUAUAAAAUCAAACAAACUAAAGAGCACAUAAUGAUCAUUAAAAUGCAUUUGUGUCCAGCUGGCAAGAUUUACCAAAAAAAGUUAAUUAAUAAUUGAAAUAGCUGUGGCUUUUAUUGUUUUGUGUGUGUGUGUGUGUGUGUGCGCGCGCGCACGCGCUUUUGGUAUUGGAAUAAAAGGUGUUCACAAA